CUCUCCGACUUCAGGUUCCUUCUUCUUGCUCUUCACCCGAUCAUAUAUAUUCACCAGCGGCCAGACCUGGGGUACUCAACAUGAUUGACUUUUAGCUUCCUCACGGCACAUCACUUGGAUACACCCCACCUUGGACACAAUUCACUAGGAUAUCUUAACCCGAGGUGCCCGCCUCGUGCUUUAUUCCAUUCGUUUGCUCUCUCGCCAUUUAUAACAUCCCCUUGAGUUCGACUGGCAUUGAGUCCACCCUUUCCUUCAACAGCCUGCGGCCUUUCUGGAAUCAUCAAAGCCAGAAAAGCCUUGGAACUACGCAUAAUUCUCCCAACGAAGUCGAAAGGGUAUCAAAUCGACACGAUGCCCGCCCUAAACGACGACGUUCUUCUCCGCGUUGCGAGUUUCUGCGACAUCGAAACCAUUGUCACCUUGAUGUGCACCAGCAAGCAUGUCUACGAGCUUGUGACUCGGUACGAACAAUCCAUUGUCAAGGACGCUGUUGCGUUGUACACCGGCUACGACUCCUCUCUGUUCCCCCCUUCAGGCGCAAUCAGCUCCUCGCACAACGUUGAGCGCGAGUAUCUUUAUCCAAAGAGUUACGAUAUCCUCAACGAGCUCAAGAUUCGCACUUCCCGCACGGAGAUUAUCCUGAGCCCAGGCCAGCCCCUGAGGAGCAAGAUCGAUUCCAUCUUUUCGACAUCCGGAGCAUUCCUCGAUCUUCCUCAAAUCGAACGCGAGCUGCUGAUGGCCCGACUCAAAGAGACCUUCAAGGUGGUGGACAGGCUGGGAGAUUGCGCGGCAGACGUCAUGUCGAUGUGGAUGCAGCCGGCCGUCAACGGCAACUCUAGCCAGAAGCUUGAUGGCGAUGAGGCCAUGCUUAAGAUUCAUGAUCGCCAGUUGGCGUACAUUCGCUCCCUAUCACCACUCGACUUGGCCUAUCUUUUUCAUCUUGUCUCUUGGGCUGGCCAGGCCUAUGCCUCCGAGAACUCCGCCCUGAUGGCCGAUGUUGAUUGCUGGGAGCGUCUCCUGGCUUUCAAGGAAGCUAGUCUUCGCCAUGGCACAAUCAUGCUCUGGGCUGUCUUCCAGCCGCCGAAGGUUAAGAAGACGAUCGACCGCACUGAUGAUACCACCCAUCGCAAGCCCAUGACCGAGCUUGCUCGCUUCGCAGAGACCUGCAUCCGUCAGAUCAUGGAGGAAAUUCGCAUCUAUCAGUCCACGGAAUCAAGCCAGAAUCGCCUACCGCCUAGCUUACACAUGACAAUGGUUAAGAGUUUUGUCGAGAAGACUGGACGUCCGAGCACUCGGCAUGCCAUUGAGAUGGAGCGCCUCAUUCUGGAUCAUAUCCGGAUCGACUAGGGCCCGAUGAUGCAGGCGCUUGUUCUCAAAGACAUUCGGGGUAGCCUCUACUAAGACAGCUGGUUGGGGGAUAUGAGCUAAGGGGGUUGGAGUCGAUUUUGUUCAGGGCGGUAUGCUUUGGUUAAUGCCCACAUUCACAAGCCAUCAAGAUUACCGGUUUUGCCGGUAUUAUUAUUCUUUUG